AACUGACGUCAGCUUGUUGUCUGUCACUGCCUUGUCUUGUCUUUGCGCUGUCAGCUCAGCUUGCCCAUUUUGUUUUGCUAAGUUUCUGUACAGAUAGUCAAUGGUUUCCUAAUUGUUUGUGUGUAUUAGCAAUACAUCAUAAUUUGUAGUCAUUGAUUUUCGUUAAGUAUGGGUGCUUUGACAAGUAGACAAAAUGCAGGUGUUGAAGAGGUCGACAUAGUUUCAAACCAUGCCUACAAAUAUCCUCCAAAAUCGGGAAACUACUUCGGUAGCCAUUUCAUCAUGGGAGGGGAGCGCUUUGACACUCCACAACCAGAAGCUUAUUUGUUCGGAGAAAAUGCCGAUUUGAAUUUUCUUGGAAGUCGACCAACACCUUUCCCGUAUCCACCACCUCAAGCCAAUGAGCCGACUAAGACUCUCAAGUGUUUGGUGAACAUUCGCAAGGAGUCGCUGCGCUUAGUGAGAGCCAUAGGAGGAGGAAAAGGCGAUGGGGAUGUCAUCAAACCAUCAAUUUUCAACUUGGAGUUCACCUUUGACUGUGACGCUCGUACAGCUAUCACAAUCUAUUACUUUGCAACAGAGGAGUUCACUCCUAACGGUGUUGUGUACUGUCCCAAAGAUCCCUCCUUGACCUCAGAAACUUUUUACUACAAGCGAGGCACAAAUCAGCUGUUCAGUCAACCUGCUCACAUUUUUGAUCCAAGCCGGUACACAGAUGAAGAACUGUCUUAUAAUCCUGACAAAGAGGUCAUCCCUAUAGCCAUACACUGUGUUGCUUAUGAGGGACCAGCUGAAGAUCAGAAGCAGAGUCACACGAGCAUUGCUGUGGUAGAGAGACAUUCUGAUGGCACAUAUGUCCUGAAAGCUCUCAAGCAACGUCUCUAUGUCGAUGGGCUGUGUUACCUGCUGCAGGAGAUAUAUGGCAUUGAAAAUAAGGGAAACGAUAUUGUAAAGGGCAACAGUGAUGAUGAGACGGAAGACAAUGGAUCAGAGUGUGUGAUUUGUAUGUGUGAUGUGAGAGAUACACUGAUACUACCCUGCAGACACUUGUGUUUGUGCAACUCCUGUGCAGAUUCUCUACGGUACCAGGCCAAUAACUGUCCUAUCUGUCGUGCUCCAUUUCGUGCACUAUUGCAGAUCAGAGCACUUCAGAAGUCUACCACCCAGCUACCUUCGAUUCCUCAAGAGAGUAACUGUGAAAACAUUCCUGCUGGGUACGAGGCAGUAUCACUGAUAGAGGCACUCAAUGGUCCGUCCCUGGGCCGGUCCCACGCCCCUGCUCUCGUGGUAGCUCUGGACCCAUUGGAGACUGAUGAGACUGCUGUGCAAGCAGCAGAAGUGCUCAAUAGGUCGUGUUUAGGUGAACGCAUCCCCACCACAGUAAAGCUGCCCCCCGAGUCUGGCGAAGGGCCACCUGAGGUGCGCAUGUCCGUGCUGCUUGCUAGAGAAGGCUCAGAGAAGACUAAGUCACCUCUGUCAGUGUCAAGACGACGGGAUAAGACAGCAGCUAGACCUCGUGACACAGUGAGAGUGGUCAACGAAAUGGCCCCCAACCAAGAUGAGACACAAGAUGAGGCUGAAGACAGUGAAGCAGAGAAGCUAUCUCCGUUGCUGGAUGGUGCCAAAUGUACAGACUCAUCAUCCCCCCCUCAGGAAGAGGAGGGGGAGGACGACCCCUGCCCUACUGACCGUGAUCAGCUGCCACCAAACUCCACUGGGUGUGAAGGCAACCUGACUGUCGUGCCAACUGCAGGCGAAGAUUCUGACUAUUACACUCCUGAAGAUCCUGCUACUACCAUCCUCAGUCCUCUACAUUCUGACAAGGAGAACACUGAGCGGGUGAAGGAGCAGGUGGUGAGAGGUAGCAGUGGGGAGGCCAUCGGUCGGUGGAUGGUACGGGAUGGUUUGUCUCUCCCUGGCACUCCUCAGUCUACAGCCAGUCACCGCUCUAGUGGAGACAGCUACAGCUCCAGCGGCUCUACUAGACUACUGCUGUCUGCUAGUGACAAGACUACUGCAGCUUAAACUGUACAUAAUCUAUAUAGCAAACUAGGUGAAGGCUGUAAAUCCCUUACCUGUACUGUCCUAUGUAUCCUGGACCUUUGUACUGUGUUUUUGCACAGUUGUGGAACCAGAGGUUGUGGAGUUAUCCAGAGCAUUGAAAUUUUCAAUGGGUUUCAAUAAAAUGAAUAACAGAUUAAA